AUGUGUAUAAGAGAACAGACCACGAGACCACAGUCGAAAAUUGCCCUAGAAACGGCGGAUGUUGAGGUUUUUUCGAUGGAAAGUACAGAAAAAGGGAAGUUAUUCAGUUGGAAUGCCUGGCUUCCGGACAGCCGCCGGCCAAAGUUUCCUGGUACAAAAACGGAGAAUCGAUCAUCGCCAGCGAAUAUUUCGUCGUCGAGCCUAACAAGUUUUUUCAGCUUUUCCCCUGGAUUUCCGACCGCAUUGGGAAUGGCUCAACGCGUUGCGGUCGCGCUGCGAAGCUUCGUUUCGAGAUGCUGGCAAGC